CACCCAUAGUGUCGUUGUUAAUGGGACAGAAUCAACAAGCUUACUCUUGAAGUACGGAGUACCCCAAGGAUCAGUUCUAGGCCCAGUACUGUUCACUAUGUAUACAUAUCCACUCAGCGGUGUCAUAUGGCCAACCGGCAUCUUAUACCAUUUCUUUGCCUAUGACUCACAGUUAUACGAUUCCUCAGUACCCUCAGAGGUGUCGCAUCUGGCAGAGAAGAUCAGUGGAACCGUGGCAAGGAUGCUCUUGGCAUCAGCUGAGCUAAAUAAAAAAAUGGAGAAGUAUGAGAUUGUGAAACGAAUAGGCCUAGGAGCUCAUGGAGCCGUUUACCUGGUUAAGAAUAAAGUCUCACAAAAAUUGUUUGCUAUGAAAAAAAUUGAGAUUGAUGAACGUAAAAAGUCAAGAACAAAAGAAGCUGUCCUUAAAGAAGCCAGUAUUCUUUCCCAGUUACGUCACCCACACAUCAUUUUAUUCCAUCAGUCAUUCAUUGAUCCCUCUGAGGAUUAUGUGUGCAUGAUAUUGGAUUACUGUGAUGGUGGAAACCUUUCGGAAAGAAUUCAAGAUGCAGCGCAAAAAUUGCUCAAAUUUUCAGAAAAACAAAUUAUGCAGUGGUUUAUUCAAAUAGUUAUGGCAGUUCAGUACAUACAUUCCAAACACAUUUUACAUAGAGAUCUCAAGACAGAAAAUGUAUUUUUGAAUAAAAGAAAUGUUGUGAAAGUUGGUGAUUUUGGUAUUUCUAGGAUACUAGACAAUACAAUUGAUGUGGCCAAGACUGUUGUUGGAACACCGUCCUACUUAAGUCCUGAACUGUGCCAAGACAUUCCAUACAACUCAAAAUCUGACAUAUGGGCUGUUGGUUGUUUAUUGUAUGAGAUGACCACACUACACACGCCGUUUGAUGGUCAGAGUCUAAUUGGUUUGUUUGUAAACAUUAUCAAAGCUGGAUACAAGCCUUUCCCAGCUGAUACUCCUAUUGGUAUACAAGAUUUAGUCAGUAAAAUUCUACAAAAAACACCAGAACACCGUCCAAGUGCCAGUGCCAUCCUUACUCUUCCUUAUGUCAAGAAUCAUUUAGCAUCAUUUAUAUCUGACACUGAGAAUAUUCGGGACAUUCGGAUCAAGAGAGACAACUCCUGUGACAGUCCUGACAGUGAUAGUUUGACUCCACUUCCGUCAAGCUCAUACAUGGAGCAGCAAAGUGCAACUAAAAGUCUUUUCAGCCCUCGUCAGUACCACACAGCUGACCCAAUUCUACAGUCAUAUAAAACUAACAUAAACUCUCCAGUGCCUGAUCAGCAUUCCCCUGACCUAUGUAACCAUGGUAUUGUAUCAAAAAAGCCUGAAGAUCAAGAUGAUGGGGGAGAUUACUCUGAUGAUUUUGAUGACUCUUCAAGUGAUUUAGGAGACCUUUCAAAAUGUGGAGGCAAUGAAGAUGAAGAGGCUGUGUAUGCUGAUGACUUUGAGGACAGUGACUCUGGGGAGGACCUUGAUCUUGUUGUGGCUCAGGCCAAAAAAGCUCAGACAAUUCACCCAGAUGAUGAGUUCUUUGUAGAAGAUGAUGACAUGGCAAUGUCACAGACUUUGACUCAGAUACCCAAAUUUAGAAGCAUAAUGGAAGCAGCCAGAUCUCAAGUGACUCAUCUUUGAUCAGCCAGUUAUGCAUGAUGAUCCAUAUUUCAUAACAAGCCUAAGAAAGGUUCAGGGUAACAAAUGAACUCAGCAUAUAACAUAGAUUUUAGAGCAGAAAUUUCAUAUAAAAAGUAAACUGAUCAGUAGAGGAAUGUUAAAAAACAACAACUCUGCAUGUUAUAUUCCAUGGGUGUAAUUUUUGUGUGUUAUUGUUAAUAAUUUUCUUAAGUCUGUCAACAAAUGCUAAAAUUUUAGUUAUAUUUCUUGCCACAUUCCAAUGGCCAGUUUUUUUUUUUAAAGCCAAAUGUGUCCAAAGCAAUAUUGAACCUAUUUUUAUUCUGUGCAGUAAACUGUUUUGUUUUCAACUAGUUGCCUGAUGAACACAAAUACUUUAUAUGUAACUGUUUCACUAAACUGCUGACAUAUUGUUACUUCCAUGGCAUGAAGAUUGAUGAAUACUUAAACUGUGGCAUUUGUGAUAUAUUAAAGUAUUACAUGUAAAUACUUUUCUGGAUUUUGCACAUUUCAUCAUUGAACCGAUAUUUAUCAUGACGACUAAUCUUUUUACAUUCUACAUAUUUUGUUGAAACCUGACAAGUCUAUAUUAUAUUAUUAUAUAAUUUUACAUGUUGUUCUCAUUUCUGUAGCUUUAUUAAUAAGAUUGAACAAAUGUGUAACCUUCAUUGUUCUCUUCAUAUUUUUUACAAACCUUUUAUUAACUCUGUCUGUCUGGGUGGAAUCUUUUACAUGUUAUUUUCCUCACUUCCCAUUCUUGGAUCAAACUUUGUACAAUAUUUGGACGACAACACACAUGAAUUAAUUAAAUAAAAAAAACAUUAAGUUAAUCAAUUAAUUAUAAUUAAGUUUUUUGUAUAUAUAGACAGUAGGGCCUACUAAGUGAUGGGGGAGAUAAGCCUUGUGUAGAGAAUAAGGUCGUUCCGUAACAUUUAAAAUUAACAAUAGACUAUAUAACCUUCAGUGGCUAAUAAGUCACAUUCCAUCUUUGAGGCUCAAGUUUGAAUUCAGACUUUUUUUUAAAGGCAGCACUGAAACCUUUCCCCCCCCCCUCCCCAUCCCACCACACCCCACCCUGCUGGUCCAUAAAAGUGAUUGGACAAGAGCGCAUCUAGCAUACUAUAAAGAAUGAAAGUUGAGUUAACAAAAAAACAGUUAAUAAAAAUAUUUCCAGUCAUACAAAUGUAUUAUUGUUAGUCUAAAAAUUAAUUGAUUUAAAAUAAUUGAUUCACUUUCUCUCAAAUGUAGGCUUUGUUUAAAACGAAGUAUUUGUUUAAUUUUAGUUGUUGUUUAUUGAAGAUAAAUUGAAUUCUUUUUUAAACUUUGCAAUGGUAAGAUCUUUUGUUUAACUUAGCUAUCAUUUGUAUCAAACAUUUGUAAGUUUUCAUUUGCAAUCUCUUAAGUCUUAUCUGUUUUAAGAUUUUAGUAAUGCUCUAUCCCAACACUAAACAACACUGUUUAUUGAAACAUUAUUGAUAUGUCCUAUGUAUGUUGAUAUGUUUAUUAUAUAAUAAUAUAAUUCCUUUAUGUCUUUUUUCACCAAAUAUCUUGUCCAAUAUGACAUAACAAUAUUUGUUUUAUAAAGUUGUUUUUGUAAUAGAUAAGGUUAAAAGAUAACUCUAGACUUCAAGUGUAUUUAAUGUUGCUGUCAGUAAUGUUUUAUGUGAGAAAGGACAUCCAGUUAAAGUUAUCUAUUAGGCUUUAUUCUGCUUUAUUUUAUUUCAGUUUCCAAAGCAUUUUUUAACUUCCUGUAUAAUCAAGUUUGGUGAAAAAAAAUUGUAUAUUUAUUAGUUGUUACUAUUCACUAGAAGAUGUUAGUAACAGUUAUGGCCAAGUUGAAUGUUGUUCUGUUUAAAUAUGAAUGUUUAAAUAUGAAUCAUGUGUUGUUAUGAUUUUUUCUUUCAGGCCAAUUCAUUACUAAUGCUAAUACAUUGUGGGCAGGGAUUUGUUUCCAUGAUUCUGUUGUUUGUUUACUAUGUAACUUUGUUAUGCAAGACUAGCAGCUAUCUUUGUUGUAAGCUAACAUUCACACAUUGUUUUUCUACUAAUUUUUUUUUUUUUUGCUUCCUUGUGAAUGGAAUUUAUAUAUUUUGAUCUAUUUAGUUCAUUUUACUGUUUUGUUGUUUCUGUUUUAUUUGUUCUGUUAAUCUAUUUAUGGGAAGAAUGAAAUUGAUAAGAUGUUAAACUACUGGGAAGACAUAGUCCUUGGCCACACUAUGUGGAGAGAGAUGUUGACAAAGAAAGCUAUGGACAGUGUAAAAGUGUUAGCCUUAGCUCUGGAAGAAAAAUGUACCAAACAAAAAUGGCUGAUCCCCUACCAACAAAGUGGAUGCCACCUUUAACUGCGUUUCAUGUGGACAGGAAUGCCUCUUCAGACUAGGGCUCAAGAGUCACAUGACAAAGUGCUGUAAGAGAUGAACAGUAGUCUUUGUACAACUGAAGGCGGCAAAAAAAUUCCUUUACAUUGUUGACAUUUUGUUGGAUGAACAAUGUUGAAAUGUCUGGUUGAAAUGUUUGGUUGAAAUUCUGCAAUGUCUGGUUGAAAUGUUCUAUAUUGCCUAUAUUUUAGUUAAUUGUUUUUCCCUCAGAAGUGUAUCUGCUUUGCUUACUUCUGGUCAAGCAAGUGUUAAUAUCUUACACUCACAACCAUAUUUCAUUGAUUGUAUCAUUGUGUUUGUGUCAUAUCCUGUCAUCAUUAAAAAUAAAAAGUACUUAAUGAAGAAAAUAUCAAAACAUGUUGUAUUUAUUAAAAAUGAGUUGUUAUCUUGUUAGUUACCUCCCUGUAUAUCUUGCCCAAGAACAAUUAUUUUUUUUACUCAAAUGUUGUUCCUUUCAAGGUCAAAAUGUAAACUAAAAAAACUGGAUGAUAGAUGGUGUAGGAAGGAAAAAAAUAUCUGAAUGUGUACAUACUUUUGCAUUUAUUGACCAAAGUUUUGAUAUUUUUCUGUGUACCUUAUUCUGUUUUGAGACUUUAAACAAAAAGUUUAAUACACUCUAUUAUAUAACAUUAUUUGAAAGAUAACUUCUAACUUUUGUGGUAUCCUAUUCUUGCACUUCAUCACCUGUAAUUUCAUAAUGAAAACAUCAAAGUAUAAUUUUGUACUAUAUGCACUGUCUACUAUACAAGUAUUUACUGGUUUGGGUGAAGUCAAUAAACUCAUUGAAAGUCAGCAGUUCAAAAGUUGUUGUUUUUUUCACAAAUUUUGUUUUAGCAUUCAAAAAAAUGUUUGUUUAUAGUUUAGUUCAGGUUAUAGGACAUUAUAUACAAUGCAUCCAUUUUCUUGUGGCAUUGACAAGAUUUGGAUGAGUUAUUGUAGAUAACUCAAAUUAACACUGUAUAUCUCUGACAUAUACAAAUAAAAAUUUUAAACAGCAAA